AUGCCAAAGAACACCAAGGUGACCCAGCGGGAGCACAGCAAUGAGCCGGUCACCGAGUCGGUGGCUGACCUGCUGUCUCUGGAGCACCCCAUGGACUAUAAGAGCAGCCAGAUGAGUAUGGGUCUGAGUCCAGGAUCCACUGCUCCUGGGAGGGCCCUGCUGCCUUCCCCUGACCCAGACGCUGAGGACGGCCGGCCAGCGUGGAACAACAAGCUGGAGUACAUCCUGGCCCAGGUGGGCUUCUCUGUCGGUCUUGGAAAUGUCUGGAGGUUUCCUUACCUGUGCCAGAAAAACGGUGGAGGUGCGUACCUGGUGCCCUACUUCAUCCUCCUCCUCCUCAUCGGCAUCCCCCUGUUCUUCCUGGAGCUGGCGGUGGGUCAGAGGAUCAGGCGUGGCAGCAUCGGGGUGUGGAACUACGUUUACCCUCAGCUGGGAGGCAUCGGGGUCUCCAGCCUCAUGGUUUGCGGUUUCGUGGGGCUCUAUUAUAACGUGAUUAUCGGCUGGAGCAUCUUCUAUUUCUUCCAGUCCUUUCAGUAUCCGCUGCCUUGGGCUGAGUGCCCCAUCCAGAGAAAUGGAACCCAAGCCAUUGUGGAGCCAGAGUGUGAGAAGAGCUCAGCGACCACCUACUUCUGGUACCGGCAGACUCUGAACAUCACCAGCAGCAUCGACGACACUGGCGGUCUGAACUGGAAGAUGACUCUGUCCCUGCUGGUGGCUUGGAUCAUGGUCUGCCUGGCAGUCAUCAAGGGCAUCCAGUCCUCUGGGAAGGUGAUGUACUUCAGCUCUCUAUUCCCGUAUGUGGUGCUUUUCUGCUUCCUGGUACGAGGCUUGAUGAUGAAGGGGGCGGUGGACGGCAUCGCUCACAUGUUCACCCCAAAGCUGGAGAAGAUGUUGGAGCCGCAGGUGUGGCGAGAAGCAGCCACGCAGGUCUUCUUCGCUCUGGGUCUCGGCUUCGGAGGCGUCAUCGCUUUCUCCAGCUACAACAAGCGAGACAAUAACUGUCACUUCGAUGCAGCGCUGGUUUCCAUCAUCAACUUUGUGACGUCCAUCUUGGCCACUUUGGUGGUGUUUGCCGUUCUGGGGUUCAAGGCGAAUGUCAUGAACGAGAAGUGUGUCGUCGAGAAUGCAGAGAAGAUCCUGGGUUUCCUGAACACAGGUGUGCUGAGCAGAGAGCUCAUCCCUCCUCAUAUCAACUUCUCCCACCUGUCAGCCCAGGACUAUGCAGAAAUGUACGGAGUCAUAAAGACGGUAAAGGAAGACAGCUUCGGCCAAAUGGGCCUCGAUGCUUGUGUCCUGGAGGAUGAACUCAAUAAGGCGGUUCAGGGCACUGGCUUGGCGUUCAUCGCCUUUACGGAGGCCAUGACCCACUUCCCCGCCAGCCCCUUCUGGUCCGUCAUGUUCUUCUUCAUGCUGAUCAACCUGGGAUUGGGCAGCAUGAUCGGCACCAUGACCGGCAUCACCACUCCCAUACUGGACGCUUUCAAGAUCCGUAAAGAGAUCCUGUGUGUGGCUUGCUGUGUCAUAGCCUUCCUGUUAGGCCUACUGUUUGUGCAACGUUCAGGGAACUACUUUGUCACCAUGUUUGACGACUACUCCGCUGGUUUACCUCUCACUGUGGUGGUGAUCCUGGAGAACGUCUCUGUGGCCUGGAUCUAUGGCACGAAGAGGUUCAUGCAGGACCUGGAGGACAUGCUUGGUUUCAGGCCGUAUUCCUUCUAUUACUACAUGUGGAGAUACGUGUCGCCUGCUGUCUUGGUGGUGCUCAUCGUGGCCACUGUCAUCGAGAUGGCCGUCAGUCCUGCAGGAUACAACGCCUGGGUGGAGUCCGAGGGCUCAGAGCGUUUCCAGAGCUACCCCCCCUGGGCUUUAGGUAUGGCCUACGCCCUCAUCGUGGUCGCCAUGCUGCCUUUACCCCUCGUCUACAUCGCCCGCCACUUCAACUUGAUCUCCGACGGCUCCAACAAGCUGUCCGUCUCCUACCGCAAAGGCAUGAUGAAGGACAUCUCCAACCUGGAGGAGCAGGACGAGCAGCGCUUCAUCCUCAGCAAGAACCCCAGCGAGGCGCCCUCCCCCAUGCCGGCCCACCGCGCUUACCUCGGCCCCGGCGGCACCCAGGAGAUGACCAACACCAACUACGGCACCAGCACCAAGACGGGCUACCAGAACAUCGGCUCGCCUGAGUCUGAGCUAUGA